CCACAAUGCAUUGCAGCGGACCAAAAUGGCUGCGCCCAGGGGUAGUGUGAGCGACAGCGAGAGCAGCGAGGACAGCGACGCCGAGGAGCUGCAGCGGUGCCGGGAGGCGGCCCUGCCGGCCUGGGGCUUGGGGCCGCGCCCGGAGCGGGGACAGGAGCUCCCAGCUCCCGACCCUUUGCCUGCAGCCCGCCCGAGCCUCAGACAGAAGGCGGACGAGCACGAGCAGGAUGGGAACGAGCUGCAGACCACUCCAGAGUUCCGGCUUCACGUGGCGAAAAAGCUGGGAGCCUUUUUGGACAGCUGCAUCACCAUUUCGGAAUCCAGCCCCAGGCCCGUGCAGGCUCCCGUGCAGACGGACGCCGGGGAGGACGAUGGCUUCCGCCUCUUCUUCACAUCUGUCCCGGGCAGCCCAAAGAAGGAGGCCGGUCCUCCCGCCGUGCGCAGAAAGCGGCCUCCGUCCAGUUCCAGCAGCGAGUCGGACAGCGGCGACGAGUGGAGGCGAUGCCGGGAAGCGGCCGUGUCUGCUGGGGACAUUCUGCGACAGGGAGCUCAGCCCACGCUGGCGUCCGCGGCAAAGGAACAAGGGCCAAAGCAGCCACGGGCCAGGCCGGACAAAGAAGCGGGUCCCAGAGUGACCGCAGAGGAGCAUCCAGGCAGUGCGGUCCGGCACAACGGGGAUCAUGCAACGCUCCCCACAAAGAAAAAGAAAAAAAAGAAGAAAAACCGGAAGGAGAGCGAGCCCUGCCCCAGGCAGAAGGGCCACGUCCCCAGAGCGGCCACCGAGUGACUCUUGUCGAGCUGCCCCUGCUGCUCCUGCCCUGGGAGAGAAGGAUGGGCCCUCCGAGGGACUUGGGAGCCGGGGACUCCUGGGAGGCCUGC